GGUAAAGUCUCGACUGGAGUGUCAGUGGUCGCGCCUCCCCGCACCAUUACCGCCACCUCGGCAAGGAACGAGACGGCAGGGUUCUAGAAGAGCGUUCCUAGGUGAUCCGAGGCGUCUCUUCGCGUUGCCAAGGAGACGGUGGUUCAAGAGCCCUCCCCCAGGAUCGUGUUACUACGGCGAUGCCCAGGUUCUGGAACCGCGUUGCCUAGCGGAGCGAUGCGUGGGUGUUCCAGAAUGCUUCCGAGGAAGGGCGGUCAUCAUAGACUUCGUUGCCGGGGAAACCGGAGAGACUGACAAGAACCUGCUGCUUGGGCGUGAGUGUAAAUCCGAAUUCCUUCGAGGACCCUCGUCUUCCGAGAAGUCGAGCCGAUUCCAAGCCGGUCCGUCGAGAGUUGCAUCCUCCUCCCUUUCUGAGGACGUCCGAAAGGCCUGGCUUCGCUGAUUUCCGUGAACUCAGGAGCUGCGGAUUGUUUUAAGGGCCACGGUGAUUUAUUUUCCUGCAGCAGAUGCCUGAAACGCUCGUGCACUAGCGGCAGAGAAAAGACUUCUGCAGACUUCCAAAGGCAAUUUGCAGAAACGGGUAUUUGCACCCACAAUGCGGGUCACGAGUCAGUUGGACUCAAAGAGCUCUUGAGGAAAUUGUUCUUAAAAGUCCGAAGUCGACUUCCAGCUGCGGGUCAACCAUUGGCUUUCUGGAGUUUCAUGAUGAGAUGAAACCAGUUGCAUGACAGAGGAAGCCUUGUUUUUUCUUUGUAAUUAAGUCAAUCAGGGUUAAUAUGAGGGAGGCGUGCUGAUGGAAGUACCCCCAGCUGCCCCCUUCAGGUAGAGAUGAGCCUGUCACUGCACAGCCUGUGCUCCGGGGCACUCAUCUGGUUUUUGUAGCAAUCUCGGUUGGCCACUGACCAUAUACUCUUGCAUCCGGUGCCUCUGUCUUUCCAUGUACAGAUUUGCUGCUGUCACAGCUGAAAGUCAAGUCGGUGGCUUGUAGUGGAGUGAGUGAACACUGCAGACCUGCUUGUCAUCUGACCGCUGUCUUGGAAGCCAGAGAGAGCUAGCCAUGCUUUCUGAAGCUCUGCCCUGCUUCCAGUUACUCCGGAUGGGCCCGGCCUCUUCUGGAGAUUUGCCAAACCGGGAUCUGUACACCUUCCGACCCGCCAAGCCCAGCUGCAUUUAUCGUCUGGGUCGCCGAGCUGAGGUUUGUGAUGUCAUUCUGGUGUCAGAGCAGAACCCAGCCUUGAUCUCCCGGGUCCACGCAGAGAUACACGCGGAACGGGAUGCUGACAGCACGGCUGGGGAAUGGCGAGUGGGCCUGGUGGACUGCAGCACUUAUGGUACAUACAUCAAUGCCCUCCGCAUGUCGCACGGCCAGCGGGUAGAUCUGAAUGAUGGAGAUCUUCUGACUUUUGGCCAUCCCAGCCCAGUGCCUGAGGGCUGUGCAUUGCCACUGCCUCAUGGCAACUCCGAGUUUUAUUUCCUCUUCCAGAAAGUCCAUGUUCGGCCGCAAGACUUUGCAGCUAUCACAGAGCCCAAAGCCCCGUGGGCUUCCUCCUCUGGUUUCCGGCCAGUGUUGCCUUCCGGCAACCAUCGCAUCCGUCCGCUAUCCCGUCAUUCGCCCACCUCCCUCUCUUGCCGCCCCAAAGCCACCCUCAUCCUAAGCUCCAUUGGCAGCCUUAGCAAGCUGAAGCCACAACCGUUCACUUUCUCUUUGAGCCGGAGCCAAUGCACAGAUCCUCCCACCCAGCCAAAAACAUCCCGCAGUCGCCGCAAGUCAGUUCACACAGUGCUUCCUGAACUAGAGGAUGAAAUCGAACAUCUUGAAGAGGAACAGCCACCCCCAGACAAGGAGCAGCGCUUGGGCACUUACCGGUGUUGCCAGAGCAACAAUUUGCGGCUCCAGCAAAGAGGGCUGGAAGGGAGCAAAAACGUCCAGGAAGAUGUGGGACCAAAGCUUCACAUCACACCGAGUGGGAAGCGUCGUGGUCGGCCCCGGAAGAAUCCUCUGGGAAGUGCUGGCCAAGUUUUCUCACAGACGCUGUCUACCUUGGAGCCAUGUGCGGCUCCCCGGUGCCGCCUUCCCCAGGAUGAGAUGGUGGAGUGGGUCCAAUGCGAUGGCUGCGAUGCCUGGUUCCAUGUUGCGUGUGUGGGCUGCAGUUACAGUGUGGUGAAAGAGGCAGAUUUUCGAUGUGCUGCCUGCCGUUCAUAAUGUCAGAAAAUUCUCCACAGAAAACGGGUCCCAUCAGUGACUUCAAAAAGAAUUUUUUAACUAACAUCCCUGAUGGACAUAUGUGGACUACUGAAAAUUUGCACAGGGUAAGUCUUCUUUCAAGGAAGCAGAUAUUAAAUAUGGUGAGCAGUGGGUACGUGCAAAGGAAACCCCCUAGACAGAAUGGUGUGAGCAACCUUUGACAUGUGAAGGAGACAGACUCCUAAGUUGUCAGCUCCAUUUCUCUGGAAACCAUUGCCUUGCUGAGAACAUGCAAAGCAAGCAUUCGUGAGAAUGUAUCAGACUGGCUCCUAUGCUCUAAGCUGUCACCUGGUGACCAUCUGGAGAAGGUCGGUAAGAGCCUGGAGAUAGAUGCAAUGGACUCUUGGUGCCGAGGCCACUCCUAGAGUCUUUCAUUCCUCAAGCCCUGCACGGAAGAACAAUCCGUAUGUCAGCUGACUCAGGCAACAAACUCAUCAAAAAAGCCGAAUAUGUCAAACUCAGAUUGGCACCAGUUUUUUGACCAUGCAAAAUGGUCUGAUCACCAUAAGUGCCUUAUAACAGAGAGGGAUAAUGCUGUUGUGUGAGCAACCAGCUAGCCAGUUGCUUUCUGCCUUUAGAGCAGUGUUCCUCAACCUUGGCAGCUUGAAGAUGUGUGGACUUCAAUUCGCAGAAUUCCCCAGCCAGCCAAUGUAUAAGCCUGGCUUCUGUGCUCUAAACUAUCACCUGGUGACCAUCUGAAGAAGGUCAGUAAGAGCCUGGAGAUCAGUGCAAUUCUGGGAGUUGAAGUCCACACAUCUUCAAGUUGCCAAGGUUGAGAAACACUGCUUUAGAGGGUCAGCAGUGGCAAAAACACAGAAGCAGCAAACUUGGGAAGGCAGCUCCAAGAAUUGCAUCUUCAUGAAGCUCUCCAGACUCACUAAGUUCACGUGGAGAAAGAGUGGGACCAUUUUCCAAGAACAGGAUGUGCUUCUAAAGAUGACACCUUCUGCUUUCUCAAGCAUUUGGGUGGUGGGAUGGCAGACAGAGAAGCAAGCAUGGGGUUAAAAGGUGAAGUAAAUGAAAAAAAAAGUAUUACAUUCCAGAGAGAUGAACAGGCUUUAACUUGAACUGAUGAGGCUGUUGCUUGUAGUGUUCGUGAUCUGCUUUAUCCGUAUUUAGAAGCAUGUGUGUCUGCUUGAAUGUUAACACCAAAAGAACAUGGAGAGACUCUACCAUCUGUUUCUUGCCUCCAGUACUGGGCUGGAACUGGUGGGGAACGAAAGAGAAGGAUUUCAUUCUUUUACCAAUCCCUUUUUGACUUUUUAAAAAAGCUUCUUGCACUUUAUAAGCAAAUAAGGCAGACAUAUAAUUGAGCGCUCCUUCUGAUUUAACUUGGUUCUCCUUAUGUGUUAAAAGCAACAAUUGUAGCAUCUUGAAGGCAAAGGGGUUGCUUGCGAUAGCAGAGCCGGUCUCAGGAGGUUCCUAUGGCAUUAUCCUCGGUGUAUAUUGUGUAUAUUUGCAGAUAGAGAGUGGAGCUACUCUAUAAAAUGAAAGGCAGGUGGGGAGCCUGGUGGUCUUAAACGGAGGCCGAAUCCGUACGCCCUCGCGGAUCAACUGAUAUCGCAGUCCCUUGUCUAGCUAAGAGGGCCAAAUGCCUGUAGGCUGCAAAAACGUAUGCUCCCAUGAAUUUGUUGAGCAGUAUUUUUUUUUUUUUUGCCUAAAGGUGAAGGGGCACAUGAAGAAGGUGCAGGGUUGCUGUUUUUAAUCUUUCUUGAGAAUGCUCAGUAGCCUUGAUUUCUAGCAUAGGAGCUGAAAUCGUGUUUAGUCUGCCCGUAAGCAGCAUGGCUGGUAGGUUGUCCUAAGAACACCCAGAUGUGUGUAGAUGUGUAGGCACAAGGCAUCCCAGAUAGAUAGGCACUUCCCCUUACCGGAGAGAGUGUGAAAGCUGAGGAGGUACCAUCGCCCCUUGGACAAGUGGAAUCCUGCUUCCACCUCUACAGAUCACUGCCAAGGGACAGGGAAUCCACGCUUGUCUAGAUGUUGAGCGGCAGGUCCCGGCCUCUCUCACCACUGGCGGGGCGUCUGGGGCUGCACAUCUGGAAUGAAUCAUCCAGCAUGGGAGAGAAGACGGAAAUGGUCAAGCCACAGAACGAAAGAUCUUCAACCUGGGGAAAUGCUAGCAGCAGGCUGCAUCUCCAGGGAGUCUGCUCAGAAGCCAAAUACAAGUCUUCUGCUAGCAAGAGACGCACCAGGAGAUCAAAAAAUUAACCCAUUGAAAAAAAAGAGGGCAUUUGCUGUAAACCAUAGGUUCUUCUGCCCUAGCGGCCGCCUUGCUUUCUCAGGCAGCGUGAACUAAAAGCACUUUGGCAGCUAAAAAGGAAGGUUGGCUCUUACGCCAAUCCUGUUUCUGUUCAUGCUGGGUUUGCUUGCUUUUGCUGUCUCUAGCGAGUAGAGGCUCAAACUGGGAAACCUGCCUUUUAAUAUGCCAAAAUCAAACAUAAGCUACUCCUGUAGAUCUACAGGGAAAUUUCUGUCACAAAAGCAAACAAGAAAAAUCAACCAAAGACUCCUGUAGUUUAGGGACGAGACAUCAAGUUUAUUCUCGUGCACUUGGCAAGGUGGUUUUGUCUUUGGGGGGAAGGAAAGAAAGGUAUCCUUUUCCUGUAACAAGGUAUUUCUUGUCUUGCAACAGGCCUGACCUUAGUAUUGAAAUAAACCUAAA